AUGUAUUACUCUACUCUUCUUGGCGCCGCUGCAGUGCUUGUCCUCACUGGGGGUGCCAACGCAGGACCUGUCUCUCGCCGUCAAGGCCCCCCCGUCGGCCAGACCAUAUCCACGUGCACCCAGCCAGGCCUCGUCGCCCUCACUUUCGACGACGGCCCAUUUACCUUCACGCAGCAGCUGCUCGACACCCUGGCCGCCAACGACGUUAAGGCCACCUUCUUCGUCAACGGCAACAACUUUGCCAACAUUGAGGAGGCGCCCAACCCGGACACCAUCAUCCGCAUGAAGAACGAGGGCCACCUCAUCGGCUCCCACACCUACUCCCACCCGGACCUCAGCACCCUCUCCUCGGCCGAUCGCAUCUCGCAGAUGACCCAGCUCGAGGAUGCCACCCGCCGCAUCGCCGGCUUCGCGCCAAAGUACGUGCGCCCGCCCUUCCUGUCCUGCGACGACGCCUGCCUCAGCGACAUGGCCGGCCUCGGCUACCACGUCAUCGACACCAGCCUCGACACCAAGGACUACGAGAACGACACGCCCGAGACAACGCACAUCUCGGCCGAGAAGUUUGACAACGAGCUCAGCACCGACGCCGCCGCCAAUAGUUACAUUGUUCUGUCGCACGACGUCCACCAGCAGACCGUUGUGUCCCUCGUGCAGAAGAUGAUUGAUACCCUCAAGGCCAGGGGAUACCGUGCCGUCACCGUCGGAGAGUGUCUCGGUGACGCCCCCGAGAACUGGUACAAGGCAUAA